GAGCAGACGGCGGCAGCGGCAGCAGCAGGCGAGGAGGAAGAUGGCGGGACGGCUGCCGGCCUGUGUGGUGGACUGUGGCACGGGGUAUACAAAACUAGGAUAUGCUGGAAACACAGAACCACAGUUUAUCAUCCCUUCCUGUAUUGCUAUUAAGGAGUCAGCAAAAGUGGGUGAUCAAGCUCAGAGGAGGGUGAUGAAAGGUGUUGAUGACCUAGACUUCUUUAUUGGUGAUGAAGCAAUAGAAAAACCUACAUAUGCAACAAAGUGGCCAAUUCGCCAUGGUAUAGUUGAAGAUUGGGACUUGAUGGAAAGGUUUAUGGAACAGGUGAUCUUUAAAUAUUUAAGGGCAGAACCAGAAGACCAUUAUUUUCUUUUGACUGAACCUCCACUGAAUACUCCAGAAAACAGGGAAUAUACUGCUGAAAUAAUGUUUGAGUCCUUCAAUGUUCCAGGCUUGUACAUUGCUGUGCAGGCUGUUCUUGCCUUAGCUGCAUCUUGGACCUCAAGACAAGUAGGAGAACGGACAUUGACCGGUACAGUAAUAGACAGUGGAGACGGUGUCACUCAUGUCAUUCCUGUGGCCGAAGGGUAUGUGAUUGGCAGCUGUAUUAAGCACAUUCCAAUCGCAGGACGAGAUAUAACAUAUUUUAUUCAGCAGUUGCUGAGAGACCGAGAAGUAGGAAUCCCUCCAGAACAAUCCUUGGAAACUGCUAAGGCAGUAAAGGAGCGCUAUAGUUAUGUCUGCCCAGAUUUAGUAAAAGAAUUUAACAAGUAUGACACAGAUGGAUCAAAGUGGAUUAAGCAAUAUACUGGAAUCAAUGCUAUCUCAAAAAAAGAAUUUUCUAUUGAUGUUGGUUAUGAGAGAUUCUUGGGACCUGAAAUCUUUUUUCAUCCAGAGUUUGCUAAUCCAGACUUUACUCAACCUAUCUCAGAAGUUGUAGAUGAAGUAAUUCAGAAUUGCCCUAUUGAUGUCAGACGUCCUCUCUACAAGAAUAUUGUCCUCUCUGGAGGUUCAACCAUGUUCAGGGACUUUGGACGUCGCUUACAAAGAGAUUUGAAAAGAACUGUAGAUGCCAGACUGAAACUAAGUGAGGAAUUGAGUGGUGGCAGAUUGAAGCCAAAACCUAUUGAUGUACAAGUCAUUACACACCACAUGCAGCGAUACGCAGUUUGGUUUGGAGGAUCGAUGCUGGCUUCCACGCCUGAGUUCUACCAAGUGUGCCACACCAAAAAGGAUUACGAAGAAAUUGGACCUAGCAUUUGUCGUCACAAUCCAGUGUUUGGAGUCAUGUCGUAAAAUUGAUUUCAUAAUUAUUGGGGUUAGGGAGGUGGGGAAGAAAUAAUCUUUCUGAUUACCUGUUUUGUCUGGAUGGCUGGUUUUGAGGUUUUAAACCUGACUUGGAGUAAGAAGACCAAACAUAAUUAUACAGGAUAUUUUAAUAAGUAUAUCAACAUGCGAAUGUAGAGGAGAGCCAAAAUGAUUAUGUGUUUUUCUUUAGACUGAAUAUUUGAAUCUUAUGUGUAACAAAAAGAAGUGGGUUUUAGUUCUUUCUGUGCCCUGAUAUUUUGUAUAUUAUUGAAUUAUCCAAGAUUCGAUGGGAUUUAUCGGUAUGUAGAUAGCUCUAUAAUGCUUGAGUUGUGCACUUCUAAGUGUGCAAUGCAAGAGCUUGUUUAUAUUUCAUACUUUUUAUACUUUGAGGAAAAAAAAGUCAAAGAAAAACUAGUAUUUGAGGAAAAACAAGUGACCAAGUAAAGGAUAAAUUAAAAAAGCCUCAUGAGACUUGGCACACACACACACUCAUGGGAUUCCAGUUAUUACAAAUGGCUUCCACCCCCCUGUACCCCCACAGUGGUUUUCUUUGCAAGUGCUUUUGGAACUAAGAAGCUAGUAUCUUGGAUUAACUGAUGCCUGCUAGUGCUUUCUGAUUACUCGAAUUCUGUUUCUUGCUUUAAAGGAAAAGUAAAGACAAGAUUGUUGGACCAGUAAUGCAGUUCUGUAGUGUCAUUUCUUAUUAAAAAUGAAUAAUUUGAUUACCAAAAUUGGUAUAUUUAAAGCCUAACACCAUUCUAAUAAAGGCACAGAUUUCUUUUUAAUACUUGUUUCAAGCUCUUUAAUCUCUUUAUAAGUUAACUAAUCUAUUUUCUUCAAACCUCUGCAAUAGUUCUUUAAAAUCACAACAGUUGGUUAGCAAGCUGACUUUUUUAUGUGCUCUGAACAAAUAAUUGUGAAAUUUUAAUAUGUUGAGUGCUUUCAUUUUGAUAACUGGAUCUCCAUUUGAUAUUUUCAUUUGUAUAACUCAUUUGCAGUCUGAAAAUUUUUUUAGUGCCAGUCCCUGACAUAUCAUGGAAAGUUAAUUUUCUUUGCAUUUUAAAAUAUCUGGAUCAUGAAGAAAAAGUGAUAAAAUAAAUUAAAACUGAAUUACCUUUUCUAAUGUUUUUUUUUUUUUUUUUAGGAACAGUGUCAUUCUACUUUGUGUUUAUGUAUUUUAUAUGAUUUCUGUUUCUGUUGGAAUAGUGGGAUUCAUUGAAAUCUCUCUAAUGUGUAUGGCAGAAAAUAUCUUGUGAACUUGAAAUUUUACCAGUUAUUUAUAGAAGAAUAAAAUGGAAAAUGUUUUAUAGGCUUUUUAAAACGUCAGCAUCAAUGUCAGUGAACACUUAAAGUUCAUUAUCCAUGAGAAUAACACAUAGGAUUAGUAUACUUCUGUCUAAAAGUUAAAGAGCAGUUAAAGUGUCUUUGUUGUUUGUAUUUACUAUAAAGAUAGAAUUGGGGAGUAAACCUUAGGUUUUAUUUACAGUGAAGCUGGAUACUUAAAUUAAUCAUUUUAUAUGAAUCUUUGAAUAUGGGAGUAAAGAACAAAAUGUUUGCCCUCCAGUAGUAAUAAUAUGAGUAUCAAAGAUCUUUUUGAAAGUAGUCCAUGAACAUGUAAAAAAAAAAACUAUUCACACAGUACCAAAGAGUAGAUAGUGAAAGUACAUUCAUUUUCCACCACAGCUUUUCUGACUUUUUCAUUACAGUUAGAAAUGUCUUUAUGUCCUUGCAAUUUUCUGCAUAUAGAAAGGAGUAUAGCUCCCUUAUGUUAACACAAAUAGGAGUUUGCUACAUACACUAUUCUUCGUUUGCUUUUUCAAAGAUCUUUUGAUACAGAGCUAAAAUGGUAAACAUCAAAAGAUUUCAUCUUCCUGAUCCAUUAGCAUUGCUUUAAAUAUCUUUUCCACCUAGUAUUGUUGAAGAGUGAAUGAGUAAGCUCAAAUCACAUUUAUAAAGCCACAGAUUACAGUCUCACUCAUAUAAAUAUGUCAAUGGUUUGAUACAAAAAUGUGAAGGUCAAGAAUUUUUCUUUAAACUUACAUGUAUUUAGGCACACAAGAAGACUCAAACCUUUCUUAUGUUUCCUGAUAUCCCCUUUGCACUGCUUUUAUAGGACUGAGCUAUGUUAUGAUAGCUUAUUUCUUUACAUCUUAUUUCUUUCCAUCUGUCCUAUCACUGUGUAUCAUUUUUCAGUUUAUAGCAUGUUUGGUUGUAUAUGUGUAGAGGCUGGCCAAGAUGAAUUCACAUCUGUGACACUGAUUUGAUGUCAGCUACAUGAGCAUGGUACAUUGGAAAAACACCAGACUAAGGCCAGUGACUGAAAUUUUUAUUCUGGUUCUACAAAUUGAUGAUACAACUCCUUCGACUUUGAUUUUUUGUUGUUAUUGUUAAAACAUAGAAGAUAUAUUUGUGUAAUCUUAGAUAAAUUCCUUGAACUUUCUGGACCUUAAUUUACAUAUGAGGGUGGUGUGGUAUCUGGAUUAACAGUGCAGUUUUUAUGAGUUGUGAGAAUUGGUUUAUUUGUGUUAGUAAGGGUGUCUUCUAAUGUCUCCUUUUUAGUAGGCAGGGCUUUGAUCGAUUGGGAAAUAUUAAUGGACAGAAAUAAAAUAGAUGACAGUUAUCUAACUUGCCUACUCUUCAGGAAGCCGGGUUUUUCAGCCUGAUCCUUACACAUUAGUACAUGGCAUAUACUACAAGUAACCACCUUCUUCUGAUUGUCUUGCUUUUUGAUAGCAGAUACAGCAGUUGUCUAUCAAGUCCACCAGUAGUUUGCUUUCAAAGCUACUUGAACAAGUGGAUAUAACUGUCCUUGCAGUUAUUUGUAGAAAUAUCUUCAGAAAUAAUAAUAUAUAUAGGGAUAAUAAGCUAUUAUGUUAUUUAUUCUCUACUUAAUUUCUGCAGAGAAGUCCUAGAAGAUAUAUCUAUAUAAAAUAGAAACCUCCUUCAUUCAGAUAACCAUAAAGAUGGUACCAGAGUACUUUGUAAUAUUAUUGAUGAAAUUAUUUGUAGUAUCAAAAGGUAUUUGUGGUAUUGUAAAGAGUGUUGUUGUUCCACUAAAUAUCGGACUAAUCUGUCAGUGAUCAAGUCCCAUGUAUUUCUGCUUUUCCUACCAGCACUGCUUUGACUCCUCUGCCCCUCUAACUGCCAGAUGUAAUUCAUCAGCACCAUGCCUGAGUGCCUCUGAGAGCCCUCUGCAGUCUCUUUAGCUGUCAGCACCUAGAUUCCCAAUAUAGCUUAAUGUCCCUAAAUGUAUUACCUAAAAUACAUGCAAACCAAAUAUGUACAAACUCUUGGGGUAAAACCUUCUACUCUGUGCUGUAGAACAUAUUCACUGUAGUAGCACGUAGCCAGUAUAGAUGGUCACAGGCAGAGUUGUCAAUGAGAAGUUCUGGUGAACUUUCCACAGCAAAUCCUGAAAAUAAAUACUUUGUUUUUGUAAUUAGGUCCGUAUCAUAUCUAAGCUUAUCUUAAGAAUUUUAGAUCUGCUGGAGGGUCUGAAGACUUGAGUGAAAAGGGAUUUCUAGUCACUGUUGAUGACUCUUCAAUACUGCUCAUCCCUCUUUAGUAUUUGUUUUUCAGCAUACCAGAACCUUCAUUACAAUGUGCUUGGUCUUGAUAGAAUCUUAACAAAAAUAAAUUAAAAUCUGUGGUUGUUCCUGGUAAUUUCUAUGCCAUAACCCGGUGUAACUGAUGUAUUUAGAAGUUGGAAGCUGAAAUUCAGUAACACCUAUUCGAAUUCAGAAUUGUAUUAACAUUGCUCCCAUGUAUGCAGCAGCAGUAAAAAGAAAAAAAGAAGGUACAAAAAUAGAGAUGAAUGCGUGACUUAGAAAAAAAUGGCAACUGGAAAAAAAACCUGAAAGAAAAAACUGAGAAAAUUAAAAAUUAGAAAAGUUUUGUUUUGUUAUUUUGAUUUUGCAAAUGAUUUAUCCUUAUUGCUUUCUAGUGGUCUGUCACUUUUGGUGACUUUUAUACAUUACACUAAAACUAAGGUGCUGAAUUGAAAUGGUUUCACUAUUAUUCAAACACUACAACUCAUUUAUACUGCCCGUGUCGUAUGAAGGCAUCAAGUUUUGGGCCUUCAAUCCCAGAGGUAUUUCUUGAGUAUAUACCAUGAUUCAGUCACUGUGCUUGAUGAUGAAUAAAACAUUCUGUUCUGAGCUCAAAAGCUAGUGUAGUGAACCCAUUCACAGAGGAGUGAGGUUUCAAAAAUGUCUUAUGAAGCUCAGAAUUCUUCUUCGCAUAGAUGAUGGUGGUUGUGGUGGUUGUUUUGAGGGAAAAAAAAUCUGCUAAGUACAGAGUUACAACUCUGUAACUAAGUUAUGUUACAACGUGUGUCUAUGGUUUAAAAUUAGUCUUUUAUGUGUGCCUAAAAUUCUUACUCAAAAUAAUGAAAAAUGUUACAUCCAACAAUAGUUGAAGAAAGUAAUUACACAAUAAGAUCAGUCAUAUUCAUUUGGUAUUUCUAGUGCCUUACAUAUUACCUGGCACAUAGUAGUAGUUCAGUAAAUGUGUUUGAUAGAGGGCUAGAUGCAUGAAUAAAAUCCAUUUUUCAUUUUGAAAUGAAAGCUUUGAAUUACUUGUGUACACAAUUUUUGGUCCUUUAAAAAUAUCCAGAUUUAUCAAUAAAGUAAAACAAUAAUUAAAUUUUUCUUUUCCACUAGUUUUUAUCUUAAACUGUGAUAAUUCUAUGUAAAACAGUGGAGGAUUAAUUAAAUGAUCAUAAAUUUUCUGAAGUGAAUCUUCAGUAGUUCUUUAACUAGGUUUUUUGUAAUUUUUAGAUCUCCGUAGUGUAAAUGAUUGUACACUCUAAAUCUGAGCAUUGUACAAUGCUAAACGAAAUGCCUUGAAAUGUUUUGUGCCAUUGAACAUCAGCACUAGAAACCCUACUAAUUUCUCGCUGUGGCUUUUGUUGAUCAGUUUUGAUUCCCUCUGAUCCAAAUCCCAUUCUGAGACAGUUUAGAGAAGAUGACUUAAAAUCUCCUCCAUUUUCAAUGAAUAAGAAUCAUUGGUACAGUAGACUGUUAAUCUUUAUUGCAGGCUUAUUAGAAAGUUGAUACUGGAAUUGGGAGUACAUCCUUUCUUUUAUUGAGAGUACAUGGUGUCUUUCACAAACAAAUUCUUAAGAAUCCACUGUUCAGAGGGUGGGGCAAUAAGAAAAUAUGAGAUGUAUGUUUUGGUGCAAUAAUGCUUAGUUGGGAUAUCAUGUACCUUUACAAGGUGACUACAGAGCAGUUCUAUUAGAAUAGACUGAUUUCUCUUUCCCAAGACCUUGAAUGAUGAGGAAGAUUUUGGUAGAUAGAGUAGGUAGGGAAAAUAUUUUAGGUAUGGAAGAAAGGGCCUGAGUAACAAUUAGUGAUUGUGGGGAGGGGUGAAUGUGUUGUGGCUGUAAGCAAAUUGGAAAUAGUGGAUAAAAGUAUUGGAGGAUGUGUGCUGUCCUCACACAUGGACUGAAAAACUUAAAAAUGGAUGCAGUUAAGGUUGAGAUCACAUAUGCAAACAACUAACAUCAGUAAUGUGGAAUUUUCAGAGUUUGGUCUAGUCCAAAUCACAUUUUACCAUUGUAAGUGACUUGGCAAAGACCACAUAGUUAGGGACAGAAUAGGACUUCUAAUGAUUCUUUUUCUGUUAUAUUUAUACCGAAUAGCAUAUUGUUUAUUAAAUAUUCACAAGAUUUAUUUGGCAAUAUUGCUUAGCCUCUGUGACCCAUUUAAUUGAGAGAGGUGAUACCUUUUCGUGCUAGAUGCUGCUCAUGAGAGGGAGGUAUCAAAUGACCUUAAAUACGUCUACCAAGUCAUGCAUGAUGUCCUUAGUUACCAGGCUGAAGUGCUCAGUUAAUAACAAGAGCCUAAAACUCAGCAAGUCUGUUGGAGACUGAAUUGGAUGUUAUGAGGAAAUGAACUCUUUAAAAAGAGAACGAAAAGAAAGAGACCUCUCUGUAUGUAGAACAACCAUUGGGACAUUAAGCUGUCCCAGUCUAGGCGUGUUUAAGCUCUUGCACAUUUUGGCACUGUCUCUCCAAAUUGGCUAAAUUUAUGUACCUAUUUGCAGAUCUCAUACUGAAAGUGAAACUUGCCAGUGACAUAAUUGGAUUUUUAUGAAUUAGAAAGUACCUGAACUGGUUUUAAAGACUGGUAAAUCAUUUUUAGUCUACAAAUAAAAGUGAACUUUGUGAUAGUGUUAUGAAAUACAUUCUUGGCAUGUGGCAAGUGCUCAAAUAUUUGUUGAAUAAAGUUAUCUGGAUUGAAAAAGAUUUGUGGAAAUGGUGUUUCUGAUCCUACCACGGUUUUGGCCCAGUAAUUAAGAAUACUUAGGAUACAGGUGGGAUGAUAACCUAUUUUUGUUGUUGUUGUUAUUGUUUAUUUAUUUUGAGAGAGUGCGCACAUGCAUGAGCCAGGGAAGGGCAAGGAGAGAGGGAGAGAGAGAAUCCCAAGCAGGCUAUGCACUGUCAGUGCAGAGGCCAACACAGGGCUCUAACACAUAAACUGAGAGAUCAUGACCUGAGCCGAAAUCAAGAGAUGGACUUGGAAAUGACUGAGCCACGCAGGUGCUCCAAUACCUGUUUUUAAAAUAGAUCACUUUUGGAAGAAAUUAAAAUUCUACAUAUCCAUUUAUAGCUACAUAUAGUCUUUUAAAAAUUCAUCCUUUUCAAGGUGGUCCAUUGAAAAGUGGUUCUGCCCUUAUAUGUAUAUUAUGUUUUCAUAAACCUAAGAUCAAGGAUCUGCUAAUGAUUUCACAUUUGGGUACAUUUAAAUUGUAUGUUUGUGGAUUCACCUGCCACUAAUAUAUCUCAAAAGUUAUUUGAUCUGAACAGUACGUUAUUUUUCUACCUGUUUCUCCUUCACCUUUAUAAAUGGAAAGUUACAACUUUAUGGACAUUAUUCUUUAGGGCACUUGAAGCAUGAAUAAAAUGGUUUUAAGUACCCCCCCCCCCCCCCAAGGAUAAGGAAGUGACUUCUUAAACUCCCAAGUAGAAGACUUUUUAUUCAGGCAUUAGCAUUUCAGUAUUCUUGAAAUUGAAGUGACUACUUGUCUUUGACCUCUUUGACAAAGAAGACAACUUAUUUUUUUUCAGGGACUUCUAACAAAAGAUGGAGAGAGAGGCAGAUGUGGUUUUUGAAUUUUGAGUCUCAGUCCAUCCACUAGAUGUCUCUUUUCUCCUAUCAUCCAUAAAGAAUAUGUUUCAGUUAAAUUUGCUGCUGUCAAAAGCAAGUUGGAUCUGAGUUAUGGAAAUAAUACAUCUCAUGUUCCCAUUUGAAGUAUGCUAUUUUCAGCAACAUAGCCAUGCCUUCAAUAAAAACAAAGAGGCAACUUAGGCUGUGACAGUAAUUCAUAGUGGAAUUUAUUUAUUGAGUAUCAAUUCAGAACUUCCUAUAUGCUAAAAAAUGUUGAAGAUAUGGGGAUAUAAUAGCAAAACAGACAGGGUUUUUGCCUCUUGGAACUUUAAAAGAAUGUUCAAGCCACAGCAACAUAUUAAAAUUUCAAUAUGAGAACCAUCAUUUAUGUUCUUGUGUUAAGGAAAGCCAGAAAAAGUAGAGGAUUGGGUAACAUUUUAAGCUUUUUUUCAUGCUUAAAGUUCAGUGUUUAAUACUACUUGCUAGUUAGUGUUCUUCAUGUUUCUUUAAGGUUAGACUUUGUGCAGUUUCUCUCUAGUGAUAUGGGUUAUUGAAAAAAUGUAAAGGUUGAUUGCAGAGUCAGCAAAGAAAUGUUCCUUUACUAUUAAGGUACAUGGACAUAAUUGCCUUUAAUUCAUCAUGCAGAUUUUAGAUGCCCAUCAACUAAAUGUCCUACACUUUCCUAUUACUAUACAGUGUAAAUGAAAAUUCUUAUCUGGAAAAAAAAGCUCAAAAACAACCUUUUGCAACAUGUGAUCUAGAACUCCACCAGUGGUGUGUUUUACAUGUAUCAAACUGAACCUUAGGUAAUAUAGUAGCAUAGAUUGGCUUAGCUGCUUGCUCUUCCUAUUUUAGCAUAGAACUAACCAUAGGCAACCUGAUCCUGAAAUACUUGAACUUGAGCAUGGGAGAGGAUUGUGAUUUUGCUUUUGUAUUCCAAAAUACAUUAAGAAUAUUCCUUCCUCUGUUCUACAUUCUAAUAACAUAUUGCUUAUUUCCUAUAGAAAAUCUCAAUGACUUUUUUUUUUCCCUAACUAAUGAACAUCUUAACAUUUACAACAAGAACUGAGGAUUUAUGGUAUUCUGUGACCCAGUAAUUGUGUACUCAGGGUUUCCUGUGUUCUUGGCUAGAUCAUGGCUCAUUCCCAAGACACUUUUCCUGCUUAAGCCCAUUUUGGUGUCAAAAAUGAGCAACAUAACAAUAGCAGAAGGAAGUGAUUAAAGUUUAAGUGGAUGCAGGACAUUUUAGCCUAAGUAGUAAAGAAAUAAACUGAAGUUCUACUUUGUCAAACAAGCAGGCAUUUUUCUUUUCUCUCUGUGCUGAUAUGUUCUCCUAGAGCCUCCUCAUAAACCUCAAAAUGGACUCAGCACAAGCCUAAAGCUAACUCCGAAAGUAUCUCCGCGCCCCCCCCCCCCCCGCCCCAAGGCUUUUGUAAGUUUGGGGGAUGGUGCUUCAGACUGAGAUCAGAGCUGCCUUAGGUUAAAUACAAAUGUUUUGAAAAAGGGAAUAAAUGUCCAUGUACUGUUUGACAGUGCAUAAGUAUUUUAAAUCGCCUUGAGUUACUUUGGAGUGCAGGAGCUUUCAGAUUACACCUGGCAGGGGACCCCUGGCCCUAAGACAGAGCUGUGGUAAUACAUGUGUCAUGUUGCUCCUUGUCUCAAAAGGAACGAAAACAAAGCAGUCUUUUAUAGGGAGGGGCAUUGCUGACAUUUGUCACCCCUGCUGCCUCUGAACGUGUGUCUUACGUGUCCACUCUGAGCUGAACGUCUUUUCUCCCAGAUAGGGCUGAUCACCAGGACGUGGAAGAACACUCAGUAAGGAAUACUUUUUAAGAAUGGUUUCCUUUUGGUAAUCUCAAUGUUGACUGAUGAACUCUUGCUUUCCAUUUAGUGCAAAGCAGAACUGCUUUAUCAGAUGGGAAUGAAUUCUUGUGUUCACCAAAUCCUAGUUAAGUUUACCCUAAAAUUACUAAGUGCACAGAGAUUCCAGUGCCAUUUCUUUAGGUCUCGUGAACAACAGCUUUUUGUACUGGUUGCUCUCUGGUUUUCACGCGCCAGCCAGUUUACAAACAACUUGCAGUGUGUUAGCAUUUCAUGGUGAGAGGAAGUGGGAAGUGUUCCUAUGACACAAAAGCCCUUUACUUGAGGGAUACUUUGGGGUUAAGGACAGUUUUCCACUCCAAAUGGUUCCAUUAUGUUCUCUAUAAUGGGUGUGAUUGUUUAAUGAUGACAUAUUUGAACUGAGAUGAUUGAACAGACAUUACUUGAGCAAAUAAAAACUUGACAGGCUAUGCCUUUUUAAGCAAUUUUGUAGACCUAGGGCAGGAUAAGAUGGAAAAGGCUGAUUACCACCGCCGUUCAUAAAAAGAGCAAAAUCUGAAAGAUGCAGAUUUGAAAGUAUACAGUUCAUGUAGCAGAAGGCUAACCCUGUGCCUGGCUGAUUUCUUUUGCAAGUUCCCUUUGUAGGUGCAACUUUGCUGAAUGUGUUCCUAUUGAAAUCUUGUUAAAAUAAAUGUUUCUUCCAGCUGAGGAGUGAUGGUCUGCCUUCAGUUUUGCAAGUGGGAAGAUCUUUUUGUUGUAGAAGAGCUUCCUAAUCUGCCACUUGACCUGGCCUGAUCUUAGUUUUGCUUGGACCUGAUGUGCCCUCAUUGAUGAAGUUGAAAUAUUGCUCUUGCUGCUAUUGGUAAUCAAAUUAAGUCCAGAAAAUAUUUUUGAGCACUCACCGCAUAAGAGACACUGCUAGACCUUGAUGUAUUUAUAGUCUAGCUUGGAGAAAGCUCUGAACGUAAGUAACCAAAAUGCAGGACAGUGUGUUUCGAGUUGUCGUGGAGGUGAGAAAGUAGAAAUUAGAUCAGACUAAGAAAAUAUAAAUCUGCCCUGCCCUUCCUUCAUCAGACACAGUUAAAGCCAGCUGCAGUUAACAGGAAAAAAUAUUUCACCCAAGGACAUUCUGCAGCUGUAACGUGUCAGAACAACUCCUUUGCAGUGACUACUGCUUUCUUAACCCAGAGGAACUUUGUUCUCUAAAAUCAGACCAUCAGAAAUUUUGCUAUUUGACAUAAUUUACUUUGACCCAGAGUGGUUGCCUCAAUUUCCAUGAGGUGCAGAGCUUCAGACAAGGGGUUUUGGGAGACAGCAUUCCACAUCUAAACUUUAGUUUCCAAGGGUAUAGGACCCUGGGUCCACUUUGCAGUCCAGACCUGAUAUUCAGCCCUCUACACACAGCCCUGCUUUGCUCUGAACCUAUUGCCAUGCUAAUUUAUUUGAAUUUCACCAUACCCCAAAUCUUGUAAGUUCCACCUUUCCUCCAGACUAUUGAUUUGCUCCUGAGGUCGUAGGCUGAUUGAGCUAAGCUAGGACAGAAGCACAUUCAAAGUGUAAAGCACAAUAGAACCCAGAAAUUUACAUACUUUUUUUUUUUUUUUUUUAAUCUUAGCAUGGGAGAGGGGUAGAGAAUCUCAAGCAGGCUCCACGCUCACCUGGAAGCCUGACAUGGGACUCAGUCCCACAACUGUGAGAUCAUGACUUGAGCCAAAAUCAAGAGUAGGAUGCUAAACUGAGCCAUUCAGGUGCCCCCAGAACCUGAUUUUAACUGAGUGUUCAGGAACACUUAGAAGGCAGUUGCAUUAAUGAUUUAUUAGGUGUCACUAACAGUUUAUUUGAUAUUACAGAUACGGGGGGCCACGUCAACUUCUUUCUGACAUUUCCAUUAAUUUUUUUUUUUUCAUUUUGGCAACUCAAUCUAGCAUUAAAUACAUGUAUGUGUGUGUGUAAUAUAUUUACAUAAUAUAUACAUACAUUCCUGUGACCUUUUCACAUUUAUGGUUUUGUAUGUAGAUUCUUCCACAAAAGUGGUAUCUCUUGUUGGCAGGUGGAGUCUGGCAGUUGAAAUUUCUUCCGUGUUUUCUUAAUGCCUUGGCUGUUGUGCGUCCAGUAGAUGUUCAAUAAAUACUUUUCACAGUGAAUCAAGGUAGCUUUGUGUCUUCGCUCUUUCUUUGAUACUUUCCCUAAGUUUGAAACCAGCAUAAUGUGGUAUCUUCCUCAUCACAAUUCCACCUCUGCCUUAUAAAGUACAAAUUACCCUCAGGCAAUGAGGCGCUGAGCAAUUGAAGGUUUUUAUAGCUCCAUUUGUCUGCAGUCCCCAAAUGCCAAUGGAUAGAUGUGUUUGUCAGAGUGCGUGGUAAGUGCAAGUAAGCCCCCCAUUAGCAGCAUCAUUAGAGAUGAAAUAGAUGCACGGGAACUCAGAGGUGAUACGUCGUCAGACACUGCUCUGAGGAAGUACAGACUAUCAUUUGCAGAAGGAAAUGCACAAUUCCUCAUCUCAACUUGAUUUCUUUUUCAAUCCUUUGUGUAUUUACCUGUGUUCAUCCACCACUUCAGUUGAGGCAGAAUGAAAUAAACCAUUAAUUAAUAAUAGCUCAGGAAAACAGUGAAGACAUUAAUAGUUCUAAAUAUACCAGCCUCGAGAGAGCAAUCUCAAUUUACCAAAGUGCCUUCACCGUGGGCCUUGCCCUUCAUGUAGAGGAUGGAUGGAGAAAGUGGUGUCUCCCAGUGGCUGAAAAGGGGCCUGUGUUUUUGAUCAACCUAUUCCUGUACUCGGAGCAUUUUUGCCCAUCUUUCUGCUGUGUCCUGGGGUGUGGAGACCCUGUCCUCAGGUGGUCUCUUGUGGGUGACAGAUAAUGUAGCAUUUUCAGGCUUCAUAUCCAGACAGUCAAAUCCAGCAACAGAAGAGACCUGUCUUCCUGGGUGGUCAUUUUUAAGAGAAAGGAAAGUUUCCUGCAAGCCUUACAGAAGAGCUCUCCUUAGGUCUCUGUCAUCAGAAUUCCAACAUGUGUCCAUCCUAAGUAGAAUGGAUUUCAAUGACUGGCUUAGUGGGGGACAGAGUGGAGGAGUGUGACUUACUGAAACAACAAAUCCAGCUCUUUGGAAGGAGGCUGUGUGUGUCCGUGCUGGAUUGUUGGAUACACAACCAACCAUGUCUGCUACAGUCAGAGCAGAGCAGGGAUUCAAACCCAGUCUGUCUCAUCCCAAAGGCUGCGUUUGUGUGUUAGUCCCCAAACACACGUGCACGAGGGUUUCCUGUUUGUGGCUAUUAGGAAAAACAUGACUGGAACAAAUCUCAGUUUUUGAGAGAUUUGUGCUUAUAAUUAUAUUUGGGUUGCAUAAAUAUUAAAAUGUGUUCACUUGCUCUGAACAUUAGCCAAGUAGUGUGUGGAACUGCUGUGGUCUGGAGUGUGGCCUCCUCCUAGCAACAGGACAACAGCCUUUAAAACAAUUCCUCUGACUGGUGUUAGUCUUACAGUGUCCCUCUUACUUUCUCCUUACCAAGAAGUAGUGGCUACAGAGUCUGGGAAGAAAGAUUAAGGAGGCCCUUGAAUUUCAGGCUAAGGGAUAUACACUGUUUUUUUUUUUUUUUUUUUUUU